CAGAACAAUCCUCCUUCCCACUCCCUCGCCAUAUAUAAAUCCCCCCACGCCUUCACGUGCUCGUAUUCGCACUCCUCCGCGCACCCGCCGGCGAUCCUCUCCGGCGACAAGCGGCGGCGGCGGAGCUCUCCGGUGGGGAUUCGAUCUGUCGGUGCCCGCCGCGGCGGAGGCGCGAGCGAGAGGGAGAGGAGAGAGAUCGUGCGAUUCGUCGCGGUCUCGAGGCGGCGGGGGGCGGGGAACAGGCUUCGCCAAUUCGGCAAACUGCGAUUUUCGGGCAAUGUGAAUUGGAGCCCUUGCCUUUUCUGCGAAAUACCGUGGGGAGGAAUCGCUGGAUUUGGUGCGAGGGCCGAGGCUUCUUUUUGUUUUUUUGGUAAUCCGUUUGUUUUCUUUUUUUGGGUACGAUCGGAGCGGAUUUUGUUUUUGGAAGUUCGUCGCGUUGGAAGUUUUGGAUCUCGGAGGAUCGCGAGGAGAUCGGCUGGCGAGUUUCCCGAAUCGAGGAAUUCAUUUAGUGGGAUGCAUUUUCGCGCUUAGCGGAUCGGCGAUUGGGCUGGGCUCUGUUGCCGUUCUCGGAUCCUGCAUUGAGGUAUAUUGAGCAGCGCCGAGGCGGAGAGUGUGCUUCGUCGGCUGCCGGCUGCUCGGAGAUCGGCGAUUCGCGCGCGCGAGACGGUGGGGAGGUUGGAUGGUGAUCCGGAUAUGUGCAGAGUGGACAGGAGUGACGUCAAGAGCAAUUUGAGGGAACCGAAGAGGAGAGUGAGCUGGGAGAUGGGGUUGAAGGUGUUCGGGGAGGGCCGGGUGGAGAAGCUGCGGAACACGGUGUUGCCGCACUCCUCGCGGUCGCGGAUGAAGGUGUGGAUGAUACGCGCCACCACCACGGUGCUGCUGUGGACGUGCGUGGUGCAAUUGACGGCCUUGGGAGAGACGUGGGGACCGAGAGUGUUGCUGGGUUUGCCUUCUUGCCUGUCCCAAGAAUCUGCGGUCUUGGACGACAAGGCUUCCGCGGUUCCUGUCAGGGUACUGCCGCCCAAGCGGGUUUACAAGAAUAAUGGUUACUUGAUGAUAUCAUGCAACGGAGGACUUAAUCAAAUGAGAGCAGCAAUUUGUGACAUGGUCGCCAUUGCAAGGCAUUUAAAUGUUACACUUAUAGUGCCUGAGCUGGAUAAGACAUCCUUUUGGGCUGAUCCCAGUGACUUCCAUGACAUAUUUGAUAUCGAUCAUUUUAUUACUUCUUUGAGAGAUGAGGUUCGGAUUUUGAAAGAGUUGCCUCCUAGGCUCAAGAUGAGAGUGGAUCGAGGAUUGGCCUUUCAAAUGCCACCAAUUAGUUGGUCAGAUAUUUCCUAUUAUCAGCACCAGAUUCUUCCAUUGAUACAGAAAUACAAAGUUGUAAAGUUGAACAGAACUGAUGCUCGACUUGCUAACAAUGGCCAGCCGUUAGACCUUCAGAAGCUACGAUGCAGAGUGAACUUCAGUGCCCUCAGAUUCACCUCUCAGAUUGAAGAGUUGGGGAGGAGGGUUAUCCAACUUCUCAGGAAAAAUGGUCCUUUCCUAGUGCUGCAUCUCAGAUAUGAGAUGGACAUGUUGGCAUUUUCAGGCUGUACACAAGGUUGCAGUGAUGCCGAAACAGACGAAUUGACGAGGAUGAGAUAUGCUUAUCCCUGGUGGAAAGAAAAAAGAAUAGAUUCUAUCCAGAAAAGGAAAGAUGGUUUAUGUCCAUUAACUCCUGAAGAAACUGCUCUCACUCUGAGGGCCAUGGGAAUUGACCGAAAUAUCCAAAUCUAUAUCGCAGCGGGUGAAAUAUAUGGUGGCGAAAGAAGAAUGGCAAGUCUCGCUGAGGCUUACCCUAGAUUGGUCAGAAAAGAGACACUGCUGGAAUCCUCAGAUUUAAGAUUUUUUCAAAAUCAUUCUUCUCAAAUGGCCGCCCUAGAUUAUCUGGUUUCAUUGGAAAGUGAUAUUUUUGUUCCCACCUAUGACGGAAACAUGGCUAAGGUGGUAGAAGGACAUCGCAGAUAUCUUGGGUUCAAAAAAACAAUUCUGUUGGACAGAAGGCUUUUGGUGGGGUUGAUAGACCAGUAUAACGCUGGAGCACUGAGCUGGGAUGAGUUCUCAUCUAUAGUUAAGGAAGCUCAUGCAAAUCGAAUGGGGAAUCCGGUGAAGCGGUUGGUCAUCCCAGACAGGCCAAAAGAAGAGGAUUAUUUCUAUUCCAACCCUUAUGAAUGUUUGCAGCCAUCAGACGAUCCCUUGAGCAGUGUAUGA